UAACAUAAGCAACAUGGCGUCUGUAGCGCUAGUAUAGCGUACAAUACAACACCGCGACUCUGUUCUGUUUGCUAUAAAAAAAAGUAACUAUUGUUUAGCGUUGAAGAGAGGCACGUCGCUCGUGACUUGCUCAACAUCUCUGUGCGUUGCUGUGCAGGAAUUUGGAGUGCUUGCUUUUGCCGUCCCGAGUUGAAUCGUGCUGACGAGCAUAACCCAACGUGUCCUGUGCGCGUUUGUUCCGUACAUACACAGGCAACGACAGAUUAACGCGUCGCUUCUCUUGUCCUCGGGUUCGUUGCCCAUCGUAACGGUCGGUGCUCUCUCGCUGCCUUCAUCAUGUCGAACGAGGAUAAUAACGGCGCCAACAGCAACAAUGAAAGCUCCAACGAUUCUUCGGCGGGUACCAACUCGUCCCGUGGAGGAGACUUCGAGACCAAGCUCGAGACCGAUCGCAGCAAGCGUUUCGACUUUUUGCUGCAACAGACCGAGAUCUUUUCGCAUUUCAUGACUAACUCCUCCAAGGAAAAAGCUGGUAGUCCCCUCAAAGUCAAGCCAGGUCGUCCACGCAAAACACCUGGACCAUCUGAGAAGCUCAUGGCUCAAGGGGAUAAGCUUGACAAGUCUGACAAGUCAGAAAAAGAAGAAGGCAGUGGUGGUGGGCAUCCCAAUGAUCACAGACACAGCAAAACUGAGCAAGAGGAAGAUGAGGAACUGCUUGCUGCUGACUCGAAUGUGUCUACCAUUACUCGCUUUGAAAGCUCUCCAAAUUACAUCAAAAGUGGAGAACUCAGAGAUUAUCAAGUUCGAGGUCUCAAUUGGAUGAUUUCACUUUUUGAAAACGGCAUCAAUGGUAUUUUAGCUGAUGAGAUGGGUUUAGGUAAAACACUGCAAACCAUUUCCUUGCUGGGAUACAUGAAACACUUCAGAAAUAUUCAUGGACCACACAUUGUUGUCGUUCCCAAAACAACUCUACAAAAUUGGAUGAAUGAAUUCCAAAAAUGGUGCCCAUCCCUGAGGACAGUAGUCCUUAUUGGUGACUCUGACACUAGAAGUGCCUUCAUCAGAGAUGUCAUGUUACCAGGUGAUUGGGAUGUAUGUGUUACAUCGUAUGAAAUGGUUCUCAGAGAAAAGUGGGUCUUUAAAAAAUUCAACUGGCGCUAUAUGGUUGUUGAUGAAGCUCAUCGUUUGAAAAACGAAAAAUCCAAACUGUCUGAAAUCUUACGUGAAUGCAAAACAGCUAAUAGACUGCUGUUGACUGGUACUCCUCUUCAAAAUAAUUUGCACGAACUGUGGUCGCUUCUCAAUUUCUUAUUGCCAGAUGUAUUUAACAGUUCAGAAGAUUUUGAUUCAUGGUUUAAUACCAAUAACUUCAUGGGUGACAAUGCUUUAAUUGAAAGGUUGCAUGCAGUACUCAGACCAUUUUUGUUGAGGCGUUUGAAAUCUGAAGUAGAAAAAGCUCUCAAACCAAAAAAGGAAAUGAAAAUUUACGUUGGUCUUAGUAAAAUGCAACGCGAAUGGUAUACAAAAGUUCUUAUGAAAGAUAUUGAUAUUGUAAAUGGAGCUGGAAAAAUUGAAAAAAUGCGUCUGCAAAACAUUCUCAUGCAACUGCGAAAGUGUUGCAACCACCCUUAUCUUUUUGAUGGAGCUGAACCAGGUCCACCUUACACCACUGAUGAGCAUCUGGUUUAUAACUGUGGCAAACUUGUUAUUUUGGACAAAUUGCUACCAAAGUUGCAACAACAAGAUUCUAGAGUUCUUAUUUUCAGUCAAAUGACACGUAUGCUUGACAUACUUGAAGAUUUUUGUCAUUGGAGAGGAUAUCAGUAUUGUCGUCUUGAUGGUAACACAGCUCACGAGGACAGACAAAGGCAAAUCAACGAAUACAAUGAACCUGACAGCAAAAAGUUCAUUUUUAUGUUGUCUACGCGUGCUGGUGGUUUGGGUAUUAAUUUAGCUACUGCUGAUGUAGUCAUUAUUUAUGACUCUGACUGGAAUCCACAGAUGGAUUUACAAGCCAUGGAUCGUGCUCAUCGUAUUGGUCAAAAGAAACAGGUCCGAGUAUUCCGUCUUAUUACUGAAAAUACAGUAGAAGAAAAAAUUGUUGAACGUGCUGAAGUAAAGUUGAGAUUGGAUAAACUUGUUAUUCAACAAGGACGAUUAGUCGAUGCUAAACAAACAGCAUUGAACAAAGACGAAAUGCUAAACAUAAUCAGGCAUGGUGCUAAUGAAGUAUUUGCUUCAAAAGAUAGCGCAAUUACUGACGAUGAUAUCGACACUAUAUUGCAAAAGGGCGAAUCAAAAACGCAAGAAAUGAAUGAAAAACUUGAGACUCUUGGAGAAUCGUCACUACGAAAUUUCACUGUUGAUGCUCCUUCAGACUCAGUUUAUCAAUUUGAAGGACAAGAUUAUCGAGAAAAACAAAAGAUUCUCGGUAUCGGUCAUUGGAUCGAGCCUCCGAAAAGAGAACGUAAAGCUAACUAUGCUGUGGAUGCUUAUUUCCGGGAAGCGUUACGAGUAUCUGAACCAAAAGCUCCAAAAGCUCCGAGACCACCUAAGCAGCCUAUUGUUCAAGACUUCCAAUUCUUCCCUCCAAGACUUUUUGAGCUAUUAGAUCAAGAAAUUUAUUACUUCAGGCAAACCGUAGGCUAUAAAGUUCCAAAAAAUCCAGAGCUUGGUUCUGAAGCUACUAAAGCCCAAAAAGAAGAACAACGAAAAAUCGAUGACGCGCAGCCACUAACUGAUGAAGAAGUUGCAGAAAAAGAACGUCUUUUAUCUCAAGGAUUCACAAAUUGGACUAAACGUGAUUUCAAUCAGUUCAUCAAAGCAAACGAAAAGUAUGGUCGCGACGAUAUCGAAAAUAUAGCUAAAGAUGUCGAAGGUAAGUCUCCAGAAGAAGUUAUGGAAUAUUCCGCCGUGUUUUGGGAGCGGUGUCAUGAACUGCAAGAUAUCGACCGUGUUAUGGCCCAAAUCGAACGAGGCGAAGCUAAAAUUCAACGACGUGCUGGUAUUAAAAAAGCACUUGAUGCUAAAAUGGCAAGGUAUAGAGCACCGUUCCACCAACUCAGAAUAGCUUAUGGUACAAAUAAGGGUAAAAACUACACAGAGGAGGAGGAUCGCUUCCUUGUUUGCAUGCUACACAAACUAGGUUUUGACAAGGAAAAUGUUUAUGAAGAACUAAGAGCAACAGUGCGAUCUGCUCCUCAAUUUCGAUUUGAUUGGUUCGUAAAAUCGCGUACAGCGCUAGAACUUCAGCGCAGAUGUAAUACUUUGAUUACAUUAAUUGAACGUGAAAAUCAAGAGCUUGAAGAACGUGAAAGACAGGAACGGAAGAAAAAAGGUGGCAGUAAUGCGGGCCCUAAACCAACUUCUAAACGUAAAGUUGAAAGCUUACCAGCCCCUCAGCCCAGAAAGAAGAAGAAGUAGACGACUGAUACUGCUACUUUAAAUGUUUGAUUCCUUAGUAAAAUUAAGACAUGAUGAAUGAACGGAAAAGUAUGCGUGAUGAAUGGAAAACGUGAGUGAAACUCAUAGUUGCAAAUAUUUUCUGAUACAUGUGUAAUAGAUAAUAUAAAUAAUUUUUUUAUAAUUUAGUUGUGUUAUAAACAAAUAAUAACUCAGGUGUAUUUUACCUAGCGAAGUUGUGAAAAAUAUUUGAUCUUUAUGUUCUAACAAUAAUUUGCAUAUUUUUAUACUAAAAAUGUGUUGUUCUGUUGACAGUUACUAAAACUUUUUAAAGAGUCACUAAUUUCCGAACCAUUAAAAAAGUCUUUUCGGGAAUUUUUAAAUGCUGUUACUCGUAAGUUCACAGGUAGCAAAGUUUUUACAAUUAAAUAAAAAUGGAAAAUUGCUGUAAAUGUCUGAUCACGCAGCAAAUAAAGCCAUUUUAAACUAAACUAAGGUAAAAAUCUUUGAACAAAAAAACUGUUAGUUAGAGCUUGAGGAAUUUGAACAUUUUUUACUGCAGAACUAAUUGAAAUGUCUUUUUCAAAUCAAAUGUCCAGUUUCAAUCAAACUAUUAUUUACAGAUUCGACAAACGAAGUACAACAACUAAUCGUUGAAAUCAGUAACAUUACAAUGCAAAUAAUUGAUAUAAUUAUUUAAAUUUGUAUUAUUAGUAAUUAAGAAUAAACCUCGGUUUAUAGAGUAAUUUGAGGAAAUAAAUUUUUCCAAUAUUAAUCCUAAAUUGACAAGAUUUAUUUAGUCAUCUAUUCUCGGAACCAUGUAUUUGUCUACUGAACUUUGAUCUUAAAAAAGAGUCUGACUGCAUAAACAUGGUUAAUCAGAUCUUAUAUAAUUAAUAUUAAAUUCAGAUUUGUAAAAAUGAACACAGAUAGUUCUUUCAUUAUACCUGUAGCGUUUCGUAAGUAAAUGAGUCUGGUGCGAUGAUUCUCAGCUAAAUAAAACGAUAUGAAAUUCA